UCUAUCUAGAGUGACCGCUGCGAGUUGCUCUGCGCACGCGCAGGAAUCCACGCAUCCGGAAGUGAUGCUGCCCGGACCCGGUCCGGGGCUUUAGCGCGCGUGCGCGGUGGGCUUUUCCCCCGCCGCUGUGUUGUGGCUAUGGUGGAGAAGAAAACUUCCGUUCGCUCCCAGGACCCUGGACAGCGGCGGGUGCUGGACCGCGCCGCCCGGCAGCGCCGCAUCAACCGGCAGCUCGAGGCCUUGGAGAAUGACAACUUCCAGGACGACCCGCACGCGGGGCUCCCCCAGCUAGGCAAGAGGCUGCCACAGUUCGACGAUGACGCAGAUACCGGGAAGAAAAAGAAAAAAACGCGGGGGGACCAUUUCAAGCUGCGAUUCCGCAAAAACUUCCAGGCCUUGCUGGAGGAGCAGAACCUGAGCGUGGCUGAGGGCCCCAACUAUCUGACCGCCUGUGCCGGGCCCCCCUCGCGGCCCCAGCGCCCCUUCUGCGCCGUCUGCGGCUUCCCCUCGCCCUACACGUGCGUCAGUUGUGGCGCCCGUUACUGCACCGUGCGCUGCCUGGGCACCCACCAGGAGACCAGGUGCCUCAAGUGGACUGUGUGAGCCAGGCAGCGCACCCGCCAAAGGACAGACUCCCCGGGAGCCUGCACCCUGUGGGGGAGCCUCACCGCGACCCCCCCCCCCCCACACCCCCCCCCCCGUGG